UCUCCUCUGUUCUCUUUCAUUCCCUUCUCCUCUCCACGCAAUUUCUCUCUCAUAGAGUUCAGUGUAAAGUUCUCUUACUUCUCCUCCUCCUAAUCCAUAGCAGAUGGCCGAUUACAGAGAAAUCCCUAUUCGAUCAAGUUCUCCUGACAACACCAUCAACCACAACAACAGUCACAACCCUUAUACUAACGUUUCCCCUGGGUCCGCUUCCCCUGCUUACAACAGCAGCCCUAAUCCCAUGGAUACUAUAUGGGAUGCGUUACAUCGGUGUAGCAAAACUGUUGAAAAGGCAACCAGGCAAGCAGAGAGCAUGGCCGAUAAUUUCUGGAGUCACAUCAGGUUGGGCUCUAAUCCAGCUGAUGCAGCAAUGGCUAGACUUGUUCAAGGAGCAAAAGUGCUCACCCAAGGAGGGCAUGACAGAGUAUUUCAGAAUUCAUUUGGGAUAUUGCAAGGAGAGAAGCUGUUAACGCAAUAUGCCUGCUAUCUAUCAACUUCCUCUGGACCUAUAAAUGGAACACUUUUCAUAUCAACAAAAAGAUUAGCCUUCUGCAGUGACUAUCCACUUCAUUAUUACCCAUUCUCACUCCAUAGUCAAUCCAUGUGCUAUAAGGUGGUAGUUCCAGUGGAAAAGUUGAGCAGGGUUACUCCUUCCUCAAAUAGAUGGAACCCUUCCGAAAAAUACAUUGAGGUUGUCACAGUGGAUGGCUAUGAAUUCACUUUUAUGGGGUUUAUAGCAUAUGACAAGGCUCUCAAGACUCUAAGUGAGACCUUACAGCGAUAUCGCAACCAUUCCACUGCAAUGUGAAUGCUCUGCUGUUCUAAGAAAUGCGCAUGGCUCAUAAAUGAAAUACAAGAAUUCAACUGUAUUGUAUGACAUAUAAGAGUUCAAUUUUACUGUAUGAUCAGUAAUAAUGUGCUACGAUAUACCCUUGAUUAACAAUGCCCUUGUACUUUACUGUGUAAUAAGAAUCUGUUUGGUCUAAGUGAUAGAAAAAGUUUAUUUCUGU